CUUUCCAACAUCUUCCAGCUCUCAAGUGCUCAGCCGCCAUUCGCCGACAAUGUCGUACGACUCGGCUUCAGCGGCGUCGCUUUCGACACCACUUGCGAACGUUGCACGAAGAGUGAACAACCCUGUAUUCCGAUGCAAGAAGCCAGGAUGCUCGUUCUAUGGCAAUGCGACCUGGCAAGGGUACUGCUCAGCCUGCUACCGCGAAGUCCAUGCGACUCCAGUGAGCGCACUCGCGAGCCCUCCACAGCUGCAGCAGUCGCCGUCAAUGCACCAGCCGCAGUACCACCACAACUACCACCACCACCAGCAGCAGCAGCAGCAGGCGUCUCCCGUGCACGUGCCGGUCGCUGCUCCUCCUCCUCGAAAACCAACUGCUGCAGCUCCUCAUGCAGGCUCCAAUCAUCAGAACGCCAAUACUGCGUACUCGUCGCCGCCCUCGAUAGCGUCCAUCUUGGGCUCUGCGUCUUCCUCCAGUCCGCCCCAGCAACCGUCCACACGUGCUCCUGUUGUCGACGAUGCGAACGCCGAUGUCGGGAAUAUUUUCAACGACGAGUUGCGAAAAUCUGAAACAUCCGAGUCGAGUACAGCCAAGUCAGUGGUAGAACGCGGUGUAGAUCGGCUGCUGAAGGCCGGAGCCAGCACGCGGAUAUUCAACUACCUGCGACGCGGGAAAAAGAGCGGCGAAGACGAAGCCCAGAGUAAAUCCGCAAACAACAAGAACGCCUCGACCGAGCCUGCAGAGGAGCCGCCAGCCAAAGAAUUUACCUUCCAUGACUUUUUAACGGACAUGAAGAAGCCGCAGGCCCAAGAUCUGGUCAUGCAAACAAAGCGAUUCAUUGAAAACUUUUCAACGUCGACAGCGCUCAGCAGUGAAGAACAAAGCGAAUCUAUUCAAAUUUUCCUCCAGAACAUGGGCAAUCGCAUCAGCACGCACCCGCUCUGGAAAAAUUCUCAACAAGAAGAGCUCGAGAAUGCUAUUGACGGCAUCGAGAAAUACGUCAUGACGAAGCUGUAUUCUCAAGUGUUCUCGCCGUCGUCGACAGAUGACACGGCCAAAGAUGAACUCAUCGACCAGCGCAUUCGACGCUUGCGAUGGGUGACGCUCGGUCAUCUUGGCCUGGACGCAAUGGAGCUCAACGAAAAGUGCGACGAGCCUUUGAAGGCCGCAAUGCAUUCGCUCUGCGAAAUGGAUGCCAAGCGAGCUCCUCAAGACAAGGUCGCGUGCAUUGUCAAGUGCAGCAAACUUGUGUUUACUAUUCUACAAGCCAUGGCUGGCGCGUCCCAUGCAGCGAGUGCGGACGAGUUUCUGCCUGUUCUGAUCUUCACUGUCAUCCGCGCGCACCCCGCUCGGUUGCAAAGCAACCUCCAGUACAUUUCGCGGUUUUGCAACCCAACUCGUCUCAUUUCUGGAGAGGGCGGUUACUUUUUCACGAACAUGUGCUGUGCCGUAGCCUUCUUGGAAAACCUCCAGGCCAGCUCAUUCAAGAUGGACGAGCAAGAGUUUACCAGCCGAAUGAACCCAGAGUUUGAAGCGGACUGGGCGAUUUUCGCCAAUUUGCCCAACGCGCCGAGCGGGCAAAUCCAGCACGACAACCUAUUGUUGGCGAGCAGACUUGCAACACGCCAGCAAGCUUCCACGCAAAGCCUGAACGACCUUCGCGCAAGUCUGCAAGGCGUCAUCCAGUUUUUCGAGAGUUUCGCGCCGCCGUUGUCGCAACCCGUCGCCCUGCCUUUGUCCCAAGAGCCCGUGCCAGCACAGACGGAGUCGAGUGUGUUGCUUGACUCGUUGGCUUGAUUUUUGUUCAACCAUGCUGUACAGGAAUGAACUAAACGGGGGAGCAGCAUUGCUCCAAAAUUGCAUCUCAAUA